CGCCGAAGCGGAGGCUCAUCGCCGCCGUCGAGAGCAACCAGCAGUAAGCGAGGCUGAAGCAGAAGCUCAUCGCCGUCGCAGAGAAGACUCUACCGUUCGCGCGGCCGAGGCCGAGGCCAAACGCAAACAAAGGCUCGCAAACAGUCAGGGUGCAACAAAUGCUUUCCGGCGACAGUUUACAGACAAUCCGUUUGGAAGUUUGUGUUCCGUGUGUGAUCGGCUCUGGUUCCAAAAUGACGUGAAACCGCUUCCGGAUACGUGCCGUGAGAAUCUCCGGUGUGCGUUUCCCAACUCGGACUUGUGUCAAUUCAGACUGUGUUCUUCAUGCAUGCAAUCUGUGCGGAAAGGUGACAUUCCUCAUUUUUCGACAACAAACGGUUACAAAUAUCCCUCGAGGCCAGCGCACCUUCCACAACUUAAUGCGGUGAGUGUAAGACUCGUAUCUCCGCGAAUCCCAUUCAUGCAAGUGCGACGACUGAUGCACGGCGGAGGCCAAUAUGGCAUUAAGGGUCCAGUUGUGAACGUUUGCGUUGACGUGGACGAGAUGGUUACAUCGUUGCCCCGUGCCAUCGAACAAGACCGCGCUCUCAAUGUGCAUCUGAAGCGGCGUAUUCUCGCGAAGACGACCUACUUGGCGGGGGCAGUGAGAAAAUGUGAUUUGCUGCCGUGGCUCAAGGUGCUUUGCGAUAGCACACUAUACAAGCACUACAACAUCAAGUGCGACUUUGCCCGUUUGGGUGAUAUCACUGAAGUGGACAAGCAGGACGAAAUUGAGUCGCUCCCGGAAUGCGCGGACCUCAACGAUCCCAUCCAGGCGGCCACAGCCAUGACGUUGGCUCAGCACACCUUGAUAUGGGAUGAAGACAAGUUUCUUGUCAUUGCUCCCGGUGAGGGAAAGAAGCCCCUGAGCAUUCUUUACGACGAACAUGCGGAGGAGCUCUCAUUCCCACAGAUUUACCUCGGUGAACCACGCCGAGUGGACGCCAGUGCCAAACCAACCGUCUUCACGCACGCCAUGAGCGAGAUCCGCAGGUCUGAUCGUCGAGGUGCCACCCCACAACACGUACUGUACAUGGCCAUGAAAGUGUUUAGGCACCGAGUAGCCAGCGACAUGUCUGUGGCCUUCCGCAACGUCAGAGCGGUGGAAACCCUAACGAAACAACAGCUACUCGACAAGGACUUCGUUCAGGAAGCGGUAGAACAUGACAUGGCUUUUAUGCAUGGCAUACCCAAUACCGUGCAGUACUGGGCCAGGCGCAAGAAAGACCUCUUUGCCAUGAUCCGCCAACUGGGUAAGCCUACGGCGUUCCUCACACUGUCUGCCUCGGAAUUGCACUGGCCCGAGCUGUUAGUGUUGCUUCAGCGACUUCGCCUACAACCUGAUGAGAAUGCAGUUGCCGUAGAGGAAAUGAACAGCAUUUAUCGUGCCCAGCUAGUAAAUGACGAUCCGGUAGUCUGUGCCAUCUACUUCGACCGCCUGGUGCGCAUCAUUCUAAACAUACUCCAGAAUACCCGGAUAUCCCCCUUCAGACCAUACGUAGUGGUCGACUACUUUAAACGCAUCGAAUUUCAACAUCGCGGGUCGGCACACGCGCACAUUCUUCUCUGGCUUGAUAAUGCCCCCGAUGAGGAACUCUCCAUGCACAUGCCCCGAACUCUGGAAAUGGCCACUACUCUGCUUUCGCUGGACACCACGUACUUGAAGCGGGAGCGCACGCAGGUGCACCAACACACCCACACCUGCUACAAGCGCAACAGCACCAAGUGCCGCUUUAACGUCCCCUUCAUGCCCAUUGAUGAACCCAUGGUCGUAGUGCCUUUCCCGAGUGUGGAGAGUGAGGCGCAGAAGAAACACAUCGAGAUGCUCCAAAUCAAGUACCAAGCCAUGCACCAGGCUUUGGAAACGACCAACUAUGAUUCACUACAGCAGUUCUGGGAACAUCACGGCAUCACGGACAGGGAGCAGUACAUUUCGGUUCUCCGAGCAGGUACACCUCGUCCCACCGUCAUGCUACCCCGUACCGUGCAGCAAAAGCGGGUUAAUUACUUUAACCCAUGGGUGGCGUCCGUUCUAGAUUCAAACAUGGAUCUUCAGAUCGUGCUCGACACGUACGCGUGUGCUGCCUACGUGGUAGAGUAUGUAAAUAAGGCCAAUCGAGGUAUGUCCAAUCUGAACCGUGCGGUGCAAGAAAUUGUCAAGGAUAAGGGGGACAUGGAUUACACGCAGGCACUGAGACACUUGGGCGUGAAGAUGCUCAAUGCGAUCGAGCUCUCAGCACAGGAGGCCGCCUGGUGUUUGCUCAAGCAGGACAUGUCGCAGGCUAGUCGCAAAAUUGUCUUUGUAAACACUGCCUGGCCUGAGGAAAGGACGCGCAUCCGGAAGUCUAACGCUCAAAUGGAGGAGGAACGCUUGGACGAAUCUAGCACGGACGUUUGGAAAAGGACUAUGAUCGAGCGCUACGAAGACCGCGCGCCUGAAUUGGAAGCCGUCACUCUGGCAGAGUUCGCUACAGACUACAACAUCUACACCUGCAAGAAGAGAGUUCAGCGAGUGAUACUUCGCUACCGCGGUUACUCCAUCGACGAUUCAGUUAACUUCAAGAGAGAACAUGUCCUACUCUUCUUUCCGUUUCGUAAGGAGGUGGACAUCUUAGACCAAAAUUGUUUCGAGCGGCUAUACGAGGAAAACACUGACGUCAUUCGGGAGCACAAAUCACGCUAUCAGAGUGAUGUAAAUAUUGAAGACCUCCGUGCGGUUUGUAAUUCCCUGAUACGACCCAAUAACGAGGAACGGGAGACGGCUUCUGAGAUUUCCGAUGUGACCGUGCACCCGGCAGCCAUGGAGAACGACGACUCUGAUCUCCUAGACAUUGGUGCAGUCGAGUCCAAUGCCCCGUUUAAACAAUGCCCCGCCGUGUGCACGCGCCAAGACGUCAUGAGCAGAGAUCAGUACCUGGACACCAUGCGGAAGACAAAUGAUGAGCAGUACGAGAUCGUCCGAGAAGUCCUACACCGACUGACAACUCCGAACUCUCCACCACUGCAAAUAUUCUUCACGGGAGUGGCUGGAUGCGGCAAAACAUUUGUACUGCGCCUGAUCAUGGACCUCUACAACAGGUACUGUAACCCUGCUGGCCCAUACAAUCUAAACGCAUAUGUGGCUUGCGCUACAACAGGAAAGGCGGCGGUGGCACUAGGCGGAGUAACUGUGCACGCAGCGUUCAAGCUUAGCCUCAAGACAGACAGCGGACUCAGGGACAACGAGUUGAACACCUUCCGCUAUGCUUUCAGGAAUGUCAGAUGCGUGAUUAUCGACGAAGUUAGCAUGAUGUCUGCUGAUAUACUUCACAGAAUCGACUCGCGGCUCCGCUCCAUCACCUGCAAAUAUCUGCAGCCCUUCGGAGGGUUGGACGUCAUUCUCUGUGGGGACCUGCGUCAGCUUCCCCCCGUUCGUGCAGCUGAGGUGUUCAAGCGCGUCAAAACAGACGACGUGUUUAACACAGAAAUCGCGUGGCACCAUCUCGCCUACUUUGCACUCACUAAAGUGGUACGACAAAACAAUCUCAGGUUCUCCACGUUGCUUUCCAAAAUUGGAGAUGGUGUCGAAUUAGACCCCGAGGAAAUCUCACUUAUCGAGAGUCGGUUCGUUCCACAGCAGGAAGCAGAAGCUUCUUGCCCCGGUGGCAUACGCUUGUUCUACUCCAACAAGGAAUCUGAUUACUACAACACAACAAAGGCCAUAGUAGCACAGGAUAAUGCUGUACCAUGCACGGCACAGGAUACAAUCGUUGGGUGUAGGUCUAUGCAAGAGCAAACAGAGGCCAUGCGUAAGGUCGAAACGUUACCCAAGGCCGAAAUAGGAAAUUUGCCAGCAAAUAUAAUGCUGUGCAUUGGCAAGCCUUACAUGAUCACCCUCAACGUGGAUGUUUCCGAUGGCCUUGUUAAUGGAUCGGUGGGAACACUGAAAUUCAUCGAAAACGACACCCAUGGGAAACCGCUACGCAUAUGGUUGCAGUUCGGGGAGCUUGGCUCCAAACUUGCGAUCGGAACCCUAGCGGCCGCAAAAUCACACCAGUUACGCAAGCUCAACAGAAACAUUCAACCGAACUGGAUACCGAUUGAAAGGCGUACCGUCACCUGCGUUAUCGAUAAGAAGACGAAGGUAUCGGUAAGAAGAUGCCAGCUUCCCGUUGUGCAGGCGAGCGCCAUUACCAUUCAUAAAUCACAGCGUGGCACAUAUGAUGAAGUCGUGUACUCCUACGCCAAGAAUCAUCCACAGAAGUUGGUAUACGUGGCACUGAGUCGCGCUACAGACAUCAACGGACUCUACCUGACCAAUGUUGACAACGACUUCACAUUCUACCACGGAAAAGCCAAUCCGGACAGAAAGCUAGCCGAUGAAUUUCGUCGGUUGCAGUCCCACAAACUUGACACCAUCACGGCCAAGUGCCUCGCCAUGACUGAACAGCCGCACUACUUGUUGAUCUCCGCUCUUAACGUACGCUCCCUUGCCGCACAUGCCAAGGACGUACACCACGAUCACAUUCUGCGCCAUUCCUCUGUACUUUGCUUUGCUGAAACCUGGAUGGAUCCCGAAGAGCCUCUCGAAAUCAUAGAUUUCCUAUACUGCUGUGGUGCUCGCAGAGACCACAACAGAGCGGCGGGAGUCGCUAUCUACUUGCGCACAGGUCUCUCUGCAAUACCAGUCGAAAUGUUUGGCACGUCACAUGAAGUUGGCGAACUGUGCGCCGCAAAGUUGCCCAACGGCUUGCUGGUAGUAGCUGCCUACUUCGCCCCUACCGCACUCACGAAAGACGUCGUGCACUUCCUGCAACUCGCAUUAACCGUCCAUCGAUCCACACCGAUGUUAGUAGUGGGGGACUUUAAUGUUGACAUAAACACAAACAGCAAUUUCCUAACACUUAUGCGGGAGAACAUCCCGUUCCUCUCGCUCGUAACGCGUCCCACGGCUGUGACAACCUCGCGAGGCACUUGUAUAGAUCUCGUCUUUGAGAAUCAAGCAUUGGUGUACCAAGUCGAACAUAUAUCAGUCUAUUUCUCCGACCACAAAGCUUCCUUCAUGACUGUCAAAAACUGUUAGUGUAGUCUUUGUUUAAGCAAUACGUGUGAAAAAUAAAAAAAAAAUUCUGUGAUAG